AUGGGUGCUGCUGGCGGAGCCGUGCUCCGCUUCUUCGGCCUCGCCAUUCGAGUGCUGCAAUUCUUGGCCUCGGCGGUGAUUCUCGGCAUCUUUUCCUACUACCUGGCCAUGAUGUCGCGCCAUGGUCUCGCCAUUCCCACCUGGACCAAGGCCGUCGAGGGUCUGUCCGGUGCCGCAGCCCUAUACAGCCUGCUCGGUGCACUCUUUGUUUGCUGCCUCGGUGGCAUCGCCUUCUUUGCCUUCACGGCGAUCGUCCUGGAUAUCUGCUUCGUCGGCGCCAUGAUCGCGAUCGCUGUGAUGACCCGACACGGGACCCAGAGCUGCUCGGGCUAUGUCCAGACACCGCUGGGUGAUGGAGACGCCAGUAGUGGCGCUGAUACUCGCGCGGGCACAAGCUUCAAGAACUCCUGUAACUUGGAGAAGGCGGCGUUUGCAGUUUCCAUCAUUGGAAUCUUCUUCUUCCUCAUCUCCAUCAUCUUCCAGGUGCUCUUGGCCCGGCACCACAAGCGCGAGAAGCGUUUCGGUCCCUCCCCCGCCAACAAUUACACCUCUGGCACCAGCCGCAAAUGGUGGAGCCGUAAGAAGACCUACCCCGAGGCUUCCGGAGGUGUCGAUACCCUGCCCGCGCAUCCCACUCCUGCCGACAUCGAGCUGGGUGCAGAGAAGCAGGCACCGCAGAAGAAGCGUUUUGGCCUGUUCGGAAAGAAGAAGGAGCCCGCGCCUUUCGCUGACACCGCCCCGAACAAUGCCCGCACCGGCUACGGUUAUGGUGGCUCCGCUUACACUGGUAACAUGUGA